AUGGCUGAAUGCUUGGAAUCCUUGUUAUUAGCAGUGCAAUGCUGUGCUGAAGUGGCAACUAUUGUGCGGGAAAUUGAUGAAACAGAUGGAGAAAAUAGAAAGGAAAUUGUUAAACUAAAGGCAAAGAAAAUUGGCAUACUGUUGGUGGUAAUUAGUUCGUGUUUAGUUUGCUUUCUGUUAGGUGUUGGAUCGUUGUAUUUGGUCGCGACGAGGUUGAGUGAGCAAAUAGAUGUGCAAUAUGUUCAUAAUUGUUGUUUUGCUGUUGGAACGAGUUAUUGUUAUAUGAAUUCACAUGAUUCCAAUUAUGAAUAUUGUGAAUAUAAAGUUUCGUAUGCAAAAUUGAGUCCAACAAUUGUUUCAAAUCCAAACCAGUUCAAUUCAUCAUUCAUUUCUGAGCAAUGUCAGCAAAUCAUGCCCAGUAACACUCAUGCCAUCACCACUUUCAAUUAUUUAAAGAAAUUCACACCAAACAAUUCAACCAUUUGCUAUUCGAAUGCUGAAGAAACAAUAUUUACCUUCAAUGAGCCAAUCCACACUACCACAAUAAGCACUACUCAACAAGUGCUAUUUUACUUCAUCGUGAUUUCAGUGUUAGCAUUCUGUUUCUUUAUGGUAAUGGUAUUAGUGUUGGGAUUUUAUUUCGUAGAAAGAAAGGGCGAAAAGAAAGAUAAAUCUCAAUACGAAGAAAUAAAGGAGGGAGAAGAUAAUCUGUAA